GGCGCGUGUGUCUGCGAGCAUGUUGGCCAAAACUUAAAAUGGUGCCAACGAAAAGCAGCAGGAGCAGGAGCGAGAGCCGAGGGAUCGUAACACUGGAGCUCAAGGAUAAACCAUGGACUCUGCAUACAUCCCACCACACCUGGACAUUCACCAUGUUCCCUGCUAACCUCCUGCUCCUCAUGAUCCUAUUGCUACCUCAAGCCUCCUCUGGUCGUCAGGGUGGAGACACCAGCAAGAUCGACCAUGGUAGGGUAUCUCCGAUGCUUUCCUCCUUGUCGCACCCAUCAGACGGUUCCCUCCUAGAGCCCAACUUGGCUCAGACCAUCCAGAGUCUUCUCCUGAACCGACUAGGCCUGCAGUCACAGCCUGACCCUCGGCCUGGAGUCCCAGUGCCCCGGUACAUUCUGGAUCUUUACCGUUUCCACCAGCAACAGUACCACCUAGUGGAGGACCCUUCAUUUAGCUUCCCUAGCCAGCACAUCCAGCAAGCCAACACCGUACGGAGCUUUCACCACAAUGAGCCCCUUGGAGGCAGAGGUAUAGCAGAGGAUCAUAAGAGGGUUCACAUCUCCUUUGAUAUCUCCUCCAUCCCUCAUGAUGAGAGAGUGCUCUCUGCUGAACUUCGGCUCCUCCGCAGUGACGGAGCCUCCCUAGGCCCUGAGCCCCACAGACUAAACCUAUACCUCUCUGAGCACCAUGAGGACCCUGAGCCCACCCUGCUGGAGACAAAGUUACUCACCACUGGCCUUCAAAGCCAUAAAGCAGCUGCCUUCUGGGAGGCUUUUAGCCUAAGUGCAGAACUCCUCCAUAAAGCCCUGGCUGGGAGUGGCAGCCUGGGUUUCCUCCUGGAGGUCAGGCUUGAGAACAACACCUCCUCGCUCCCUAACCAGAGUCUCUACUUUGUUGCUAGUGAGGAGGAAGCCAAGAAAAACAAAGAGGGACACCUAAGGGUAUGCAGGUCCUUGGGGCAGGACGAGCACAGCUGGGCCCAAGAGAGACCCCUCUUGGUGACUUACAGUCACGAUGGUCGUGGAGAACCUUUAGUCAAACAUAGCAGGAGGAUCCCAAGCAUUGGUCAGAGGAUGAGAGGGAAAAAAGGGACAAAAGAUAGGGGCGGGAACAGCAGCAAGGGCCACAUCAGAAAUCAAAUCUGGGGGAGAGACAAAAAAAAAACUGGGUAUUCAGUGCAGGGCUGGGGGGCUGACAAAGGUGGGGUCAGUUGGAGCGAACGCGGAAGGGUGAAAAGGAAUGGAGGUCGUGCUGCAAAACUGAAGCGGCUUUCCCGUAACAGAUGCCGCCGUCAUCCUCUAUAUGUAGAUUUCAAUGACGUGGGCUGGCACAAGUGGAUCAUUGCACCCAGUGGCUAUGACGCCUUCUUCUGCCUGGGAGAGUGUCGCUUUCCUUUGGCCGACCACAUGAACUCCUCUAGCCACGCCAUGGUGCAAACUCUGGUAAACUCUGUGAAUGGAGCAGUGCCCCGGGCUUGCUGUGUCCCCAGCUCCCUGAGCCCCAUCGCCCUGCUCUACCUGGACCCUCAAGACCGAGUGGUACUGAAGAAUUACCAGGACAUGGUGGUGGAAGGCUGUGGAUGCCGGUAGAGGGCUCGAGAACUCACCUAGUGAAAGCCAGACAUGGACAAAGGGGCAUCGAGGGAAUAGGAGAAAAACAGAAGCAUGAAAAGGCAGAUAGCGGGAAGAAAAGACUAUAGAAGCCAGCUAACUGCAAGCAUACAGAAAGACUGUAGAGACAAAUACAGUGUGAGAACGAGAAGUGAAAAGGAGGGAGAAAAGGGAAACCAUAACUGCAGCUUAAUUAUCAUUAUCAGGAGCAACAAAACUUUCAGAUAUAGAAAGAGAAGCAAAAGAGACAGAAAAAGAAACAGACAUAAUCUAUCACAACUCGAUAUAUGACAAUAUAAUAAGGCAUAAGACAAUGGCCAAGCAGAAAUUUGGUCAACACAAUUAAACUGCCAGGAACUACUUUUCACUUUUUCCCAUUUAACGAUGAUGCAGCUGUUUACACCAUCAAGUUACUAGCUACUGUUUUUUCUCUUGAGAAAGAGACGCUUAAACAUCAGAAGGUGUCUAUUCAAUCUUCACGUUUGCCACUCAUCUCAUUGUCACAUGACUGUCUGACAGGCACAUGUGAUUAAGCUGUUGUAAACACUCAGAGUAGGCAGUCUGGACAUGCAUUUCAAGCUCUUGAGAAGAGCUGAUAUGAUUCUGUAACUUCCUGAUGGACUUAAUGAGAAUCAAGAGCAUUAGCACUGCGACGAUGGCACCAGCAUGGCAUCUAAACUUUGUGUGACAAGUUUGUUUCUACAGUAUUGGAACCAAGAAGUAGGAUGCCUCUGUUUUUAUGAGCGUUAAUAUAAUAAUAAGUCUAGCCCUUACAAGCACCCCUACAUCACAAGCUAUUUAAAACCACAACAAUAAUGCUGAGGAACUAUUAUGCUAUUGUUUGAAUGUACCACUAUCACUAUUAUUUAAAAGAAAGAGAGAGACUUUUUGUACAUUUAUUUUGUAGACGUGAAGAAAAUCCAAGUGAUGGUUGUCUUGUGAGUAAACAUAAUUCCACUGAAUGGCAAUUCUAACUUAAAAGACACAUUAUGUAUUUAAAUAUCACUAACAUGGUGUAUUUAAUCUUGAAAAUAUUUAAGAUUCCUGCAGUCAAUGAAAUAUACAGCAAACUGAAACCUGCUGUUCACAUGAAAUAAGUUAUAGUCGCUUUACAUUCAUGCAGAUGUUCAGUGAAAUAACGGUCUGUGUUACUUCAGCGUCCCACCUUGUCAUUGCACGCAUGACCGCAGUAAAUGGUGUUGCCUUUAAAAAGUUAAACUAACAAGUUAACUGAAAGCUCGAUGUCCAGCAGCUAUUGAAGUGUAUAACAACAGGUGGCUUUGCUAGAUGUGUCUGCAUGUGUCAAAAAACGGAAGAUGGUAAUAAAACUGGGACUUCAGUGCCUUUCAAACGGGGGCUUUUAAAGUGUUCUUUGCUGAGCUUAGUAGUUGUUUUUCAGUGUUGUAUUUUUCUCAGCAAAUGGAAACAUCAGCUUGUAAUGUGUUCAACAAUAUACCUCUAAUAAACAAAGUAG